CAAAUCGUCCCAGACUCCCGUCUUCUGUUGUCGACAGUCUCGAGGGGUGCGUCAAAAGUUUUUCUAAACGUGGACGAGGGGGGAAAUCGUUGCAGCAGAUGUAAAAUUCCUUAUCAGACAUAGAUCGUAUUUCGUGCACUCUACCCUUGAGAAACAUUUGAGUCCUAGUCCCGACUUCAUUCUUACUCGUGGCGUCAACGUGGCAGCUCGCUUCCUUAAGAGAAUGAAAACGUCCAUCGGGGAGUUUAUUACAGUGGGACUUUGCGUCUUUUUAUUUGCAAGCUGCACACAGGCCACCUUUCGCGAUGAUCCCACUGUUCUCGUUACUUUGCUCGUCAGAAACAAAGCUCACACCCUACCCUAUUUCUUAAAAUUAUUCGAAGAGUUGGACUACCCCAAAAAUAGAUUGACAUUAUGGAUCAAGAGCGAUCAGAACCAAGAUCAGAGUCUGGAGAUUAUGAACAAAUGGGUUUCUUCUGUCGAAAAAUCCUACCACCACAUUUAUCACGAAUUGACCACUACCUCCCCUUCCGCAGUCGAUGAUAAAAUCCCAACCAAUUGGACCGAGGAGCGAUUCAAGCACAUAAUCAAUUUAAGAGAAGAAGCCCUGGAUAAAGGGCGAGAACUUUGGGCCGAUUUCGUUUGGUUUGUCGACUGUGAUGUUUUCCUGACAAACAACCAAACGCUGAAGAUUAUGGUCAACACGAAUUACCCCGUCGUCGCACCCAUGCUCGACACGCUAAGCUUGUAUUCCAAUUACUGGUGCGGAAUGGGCCUGGACUAUUAUUACCGACGAACCGAUGAGUACAAACCGAUCCGCGAGCGUGAAAACAAAGGCUGCCAUCGCGUCAUAGUCGUCCAUUCCUGUUUCAUGGUUGAUCUCCGUCAAGUCGAAUCCCAGCGGCUCACGUUCAAACCCGAUAAAAUCAACGGCUACAACGGGCCUCACGAUGACGUCAUCACCUUUGCAAUUUCCGGAUAUUGGACUGAUGUUCCAGUGUACAUUUGCAAUCAAAUCAAGUUUGGCUACCUUCUCUCACCACUCGACGAGACUAUGACGAUCGAAGAUGACUACGCCCAGUUGACCAACAUCAUGCUGGAAGCUUCGGUGGACUUCCCAACCAUGUCUGCUCACCAACAGCUGACGGAAUUCGUGACGCCACCAGUCAAAAGCACUCUGGGCUUUGACGAAAUUUUCCUCAUCAAUUUGGAGCGCCGUCCGGAGCGUCGACAACGCAUGGAAUGGUCCCUCAAUCAGCUGGGCCUUCAACACAAAUUGAUCAACGCCGUCGACGGAAAAUCGCUGAAUGAUUCAUAUGUCGCCUCUUUGGGUAUUCGGAUGCUCCCCAACUUUGCCGAUCCUUAUCACCAUAGGGCCAUGACCAUGGGAGAAAUCGGAUGCUUCCUCAGUCACUACGCCAUUUGGCAAGAGAUCGUAGACCGACAACUUUCAUCCAGCAUCAUCUUCGAGGACGACAUCCGCUUCGAAUCCAACUUCGUCAAGAAGCUGGCCGAUCUUGUCAACGAGGUUGAUCGUUUGAAAGUCGACUGGGACUUGAUUUACCUCGGCCGCAAAAGACUCAAGCACGAGAACGAGACCUGGGUGGAGGGCAGCCAACUCUUGGUCAACGUCGAGUAUUCCUACUGGACUCUGUCCUACAUUCUGAGCAAACGCGGAGCCGAGAAGCUGAUCAAGGGCGAGCCUUUCGGCCAGCUGGUCCCCGUUGACGAAUACCUGCCCAUCAUGUUCGACCGGCACCCGGAAAGCCGCUGGAGGGAAGCGUUCCCCAAUCGCAAUUUGAAGGCUUUCUCCAUCGCUCCUUUGCUGGUCUAUCCGACCCACUACACCGGAGAGGCCGGCUACAUCAGCGACACGGAAUCGUCGGAAAUCGUGCCGGACAGUGUCAGAAACGCGUCCGGCAAAGACGCCAAGACGGGCAAAGGUUCCAAGGAAAUUGAAAUCGAAGUCAAGACCCCCAAAGUCGAACUGCCGGCCCUCGGCGAAACCGGGUCGGUCACCGACACCACAAGUGCAUCUUCUUCUUCUUCUUCCACUAUCGAAGAAAUCGGCAAGGAAUUUCAUUCCGAGCUCUGAUGAGUAAUGAUUCGCGCAAUAAUUAAUCAAACGGAUAUACAUCAGAUGAAUGGAAGAGAAAGAAAUCUGACUGUAGCAGCACAUUUCCCUCGUAUAGUAAUGUCAAUUUGAUUUUUUUAAAUCAAAAAAGUUAAAAGAAUUUUUAAAAAAAGGUGAAAUUCCUCCCAAUCCUAUCAUUAGUGUCCUAAUUGGCUAUGCAAAAGUCACACAAAAUAUUUUUUUGUUUAGUCCACAUGAACUAUGUUACUUACCAUACCGACGAUGGAUGUGGGCGAUCCGCUUGAUCCUCCAGUCAUCCAGUUCUGACUCUAUUGCUCCCCUUCUGUUUUGUUUUGUUCUUAUUUCUGCCAUGUCGUCGACGACGAGCUCUGGAGUUCGUUAUUAUGCAAAUUACCUGGGUCUCGAUCCGUUUGACCGUUGCCCAUCUACAACCUGACUCUCUCAAAAGGAAUCUUUUUUAAAAAUUUGAAAUCACGUCAGGACAUCUCAGCGCGUUCAUUGCAGGCAGUGCUUUUAUAUACCAACUGCUUAUACUCGUUCAUUUCUAUUUUAGUGCGUAUGCCAAAACCAAAACUCUGUAUUCGUGUAUAUGACAAACCUGUCCAUCAGCAUCACAUACACUGCAGUACGAAAAAAGACAAAAGCAAAAGAAAAACGAAA